GAAUAAUUGAUAUAAGAAGAGGAAAAUUUGGGAGAGAAUAGAAUAAAAUGACAGUUUCUAAAAAUAAGAAAAGAUGUAUUGAUCUAACGGAAUAUGUGGAGGAGCCGUUAAAAAGAGAAGAUGAUAGCGUAAUUCAAGUUGCAUGUUCAUCUCCGAUAUCUAUUUCGUCUUUUUUGGGCGAAAAUCACCCGACAAGCAAAAAUAUAGAUAAUUUAACAUUAUAUACAGAAGAAAACAAAGAUUUAAUACAGAAAACGAAUCUGAUACAUAAACGGGAUAGAAAUGAAGAUAAAAUGGUUGAUACUACAGGGCCAUCAUGUUCAUUGCCGGUUGAAAAUAAUUUUAAUAAAGUUUAUCAAGAAAAAGUAGAAGAUACAACAUUUGUAGUUAAGGAAUCGCCUAUUGAGAAGUUUAAAGAAUAUACAUCGCAGUUUGCGUAUCAAAAGAAAGGAAAUGUGAAUGUGGAAACAAAAGAAAUGAUGCAAAAACCAAGUGUAGAUGGGCAUGCUAAUUUAUCAAAUGGAUAUUUAAUACAAAAGGCACCACAAGCAAAGAGCGAAAGAGAAAAAAAAAUAGAAAGUGCAGCGUUCCAGAAAAAGAAAGAUUUUUUAAGAAGAAUUUAUCCACAUCUUCCGGAAUACGUUCUUGAGAACAUGUUAUUAAAACCAUUAACAUCAUCAACACUAACGUCAUCAACAUCAUCAGGUUUUAAUAAUACGACAGAGCUUACAAACUUAGAAAAUGUAGAUAUUACGAAUCUGAAAUCAUCUCCAAUAGGUGUACAGGAAAAGAUAACAUCUAAAAGAACUUUACAACAUUCUCGUUAUACAAUUCGAGAAAAACAUAUCAAUUCGACUCAAAAUCAAAAUUACGUAACUCCUGUUCACACUACGAACAAAUUUGUUCAGAAAAAAAGACUUAUAAGAGGGAUAUCUCGUACGAAAAAUCAAAAAGACUCUUUUUCCGAAUCAGAUGAUUCUUCAGUAUCUAAUGAAGAUGUAAAUGAUAAUAGCCAAUUAGAGGAGGAAACAUUAGAAUUUUUAAAUCAAAAAUCGGCUAAAGAAAUAGCUGAUCUAGCUAACUGUACUCUAGAAAUAGCAGAAGAAAUCAUAGAAUCUAGACCUUUUAAAAACAUUGACUCAGUAAAAGAAAUUCGAAGCAAAUGUAAAACAGAUGAAAAAGAUAGACGAAAAGAGAAAAAAACUUUAGGUAUGAAAGUCUUAGAAUCAUGCAUGGAGAUGUUGGAAGGUUACAAGGCCAUAGAUUCUCUUAUUUCUAAAUGCGACGAGUUAGGAAAAUCCAUUUCUAAAUCAAUAUCGAAUUGGGGACUAAAAAUUGCCCCAGAAAUAGGAGAACUUAGCAUUGGUAGUGAUGAUAUUGAUAAAAUUCAAAUAAAUGAUCAAGAAUAUAUAAAUCAACAACCAAAUCUUAUUCCUGAUACGGUUAAAUUAAAACGUUAUCAACUUUUUGGUGUAAAUUGGUUAAAUCUUUUGUAUAGGAAAAAAUUAUCUGGAAUAUUAGCAGAUGAAAUGGGACUUGGGAAAACAUGUCAAAUAAUAGCAUUUUUUGCACAUUUGCUAGAAUUAGGAAAAACUGGACCCCAUCUUAUUGUUGUUCCUGCUUCUACAUUAGAAAACUGGCUUCGUGAAUUAGCAAAAUUCUGUCCAUCUCUUAAAGUUGAGCCUUAUUAUGGAACUCAAAAUGAACGUCUAGAUAUAAGAUAUCAUUUGGAAGAAAAUCCUGACUAUAAUAUAAUAAUUACAACAUACCAACUAGCUACUGGAAGUAAGGAAGAUAGAACAUUUCUUAGACGUCAAAGAUUUGAUGUUUGUGUGUAUGAUGAAGGGCAUUUUCUUAAGAAUAGUUUAUCUGAAAGAUAUAAACAUUUGAUGAAUAUUAAUGCUAAUUUUCGUCUUCUUCUUACUGGCACGCCUCUACAAAAUAAUUUAAAAGAAUUAAUUUCUCUUUUAUUUUUUAUUCUACCAACAUUAUUUUCAGAAAAUAUUGAAAAAUUAAUUACUGUUUUUAAAAUAAAGACAAUUAAUGAUGGUAAUUCAGGAUCAACUUUACUUUCAGAACAACGCAUUAUGCGAGCAAAGUCAAUGAUGACACCUUUUGUUUUGAGGAGGAAAAAAAUACAUGUAUUAAAUGAUCUUCCAAAAAAAAUUCAACAUAUAGAAUUUUGUGAAAUGAAUAAAGAACAACAAAGUAUUUAUGAUGAAUGCAUUUUUACUCAAAAAAAAUCAGUAGAAGAAAGAGCUGCAGGAAUUGAAUCCAAAAAUGAUGGGAAACGCACAUAUAAUAUUCUUAUGCAGCUUAGAAAAGCAACAAACCAUCCUUUACUUUUUCGUCGAAUCUAUAAUAAUGUUAUACUUAAAAAAAUUGCAAAAAAUAUAAUGAAAGAACCUGAUUAUCAAAAUGCUAACCAAAACUAUAUUUAUGAAGAUAUGGAAGUAAUGACAGAUUUUGAAAUACAUCAAUUGUGUAAAAAAUUUCCUUCUAUACAGUCAUUCGCGUUAAAAGGAACACCAUGGAUGAAUUCUGGGAAAGUUGAAAAGCUUAAAUAUAUUCUUAUGGAAGCAAAAGAAAGAGGAAAUAAAGUUUUAUUAUUCUCACAAUUCGUGGAAACCUUAAAUAUCUUAGAAGAAGUUCUAGAAACUUUAAAUAUCGCUUUUACUCGUUUAGAUGGAAGAACUUCUGUAGACACACGCCAAGAUAUCAUCGAUCAGUUUACUGACGAAUCUGACAUUACUGUUUUUCUUCUUUCCACAAAAGCUGGCGGCUUCGGCAUAAAUCUCUCUUGUGCCAACAUCGUCAUUCUCUACGAUGGAUCAUUCAAUCCACAUGAUGAUAAACAAGCCGAAGAUCGUGCACAUCGUGUCGGUCAAAUAAAAGAAGUUCAUGUCAUUCGUUUGGUCACAAAAAAUACCAUAGAAGAAUAUAUACAAUCAUUGGCAAACACAAAACUCGCUUUAGACUCAAGUGUCUGUGGUUUAGAUGAUAAACAGCUCGAAUUGAAAGCUGAAAUAUACGUUAAACAUUUACUUGAAAAUCCUUCUCAAAAUUUCUCUUCACAUACUUAAAUUUUAUUUUAAUACUUUUAGACAAUAAAGUGCAUAUCAUUUUUAG